AUGCCGCUAGUGGUGCUGGCUGGCCAGCCUGCCAGUGGCAAGAGCACGGCUGCGGCGCAGCUUCGUGCCCUGCUGGAGCUGCACGGCCCCGUGGAGGUGCUGGACGAGCCCUCGCUGCAUCUGGAGCGGAACGCCGCGUACUCAUGCAGCGCUCAUGAGAAGAUGGCGCGGGCCACCCUCAAGUCUGCUGUGGAGCGUGUCCUCACCAAGCGCUCCCUGGUGAUCCUGGACUCGCUCAACAACAUUAAGGGUUACCGCUACGAGGUGUGGUGCAUUGCCAGGACACUGGGCACCCGCUACUGCGUGGUGAGGCGGUCCAUGGCGUGCCAGCGGGGCACCACGCCCGCGCACAACGGUUCUGCAGGCCCCCUGACAGCACACAAUGCCGGGGCCGAGGAGUCCAGCGGGGACCUUGCUGACACGGUCUUUCAUGCGGCGGCAAUACGAUACAGAUUUGAUGACCUGGCCCGACGCUUUGAGAUGCCAGACUCGCGCAACAGAUGGGACGCGCCGCUGUUCACGCUGCGGCCGGCAGGAGACCACGCAGAGUGUGCUGAAGUCCUCGACUUGGUGGCAGCAACUGUGACAGGGGCGGCUGAGGCGCCGGGCAACGCAGCGGGUGCUGCUGCGGCAACAGGGCAGUUGCUGCAGCCCACGAUUGCAACCACCAACCCGGGGCUGCUGGGCACCAAUGUCCUGCACGAGAUCGAUAGCGCAGCUCAGACUGUCGUUACCGCCAUCAGCAAUGCGCAGACACAGGCGGGAGGCGGCCCCGCCGGGUUGCUGGAUAUUGGCGGCGGCGCAGGAAAGCUGCAGCUGACCCGCCUUGUGCCACUUGCAGAGCUGCGGCGCCACAAGCGCGCGUUCCUCAAGCUGGCCACCAAGAUCACCUUCAGCCGCAUCGCAGAUGCCACAACAGCACAGCGGAUGUUUGUUGACUACCUACGGCAGCAGCUCUGA